CUCCAGACUUGCUGCUGGACCUCAUCUGUGUGCUGGGAGGUUAGAGAUACUUCAUGAUCAGACGUGGAUGUCAGUGUGUGACGCUGCCUUUGACCAGCAGGAUGCAGAGGUUGUGUGUAGAGAGCUGGACUGUGGGGCUCCUGUACAGGUGCUGGGAGCAGCUGCUUUUGACAAAGGAGAUGCUCAGAUGUGGACACAAGAGAUUCAGUGUGGAGGAAAUGAGUCUCAUAUUUCAUUCUGUUCAGUGUCAACAUACAAUCACAGCUGCACCACUGACAAUAACGUGGGCAUGAUAUGUUCUGGUUACACAACAGCCAAACUGAUGAACGGUUCAGACUCUUGUUCUGGAAGAGUGGAGCUUCAGUUCCUCAAUGAGUGGGGCACAGUGUGUGAUGCAUGCUGGGAUAUGAGAGCUGCCAGUGUCCUCUGUAGACAGCUGAAUUGUGGGAUUGCUGUGUCUGUUGUGGGAUCAGACUGGUUCCUCUCUGGCUCUUCAUGA